AUACAUACAACAUCCGACUGGUUCGCUUAAUGUUAAUAAAACGAAAUUACAACGAGAAUCUAUCAAAAACAGCUCAAAGUGACCGCAGAUAUUAUUGUUGUGAACGCUGUUGCAUUGUGGGACAGAUGAUUGCCGCGGCGGCCAUUUUCCCGCUGGACGCUGCUUCCCAUUGUGGAUACGAAGAAGAAAAUAGAGACAAGCGAAACGUUUCCUCACGACUUCUACUCACUUUCCCCCCCAAGUCUUCUCCAGGUGAUCUUCAGCAGCAAUGGCUCGUACCAAGCAGACCGCCCGUAAGUCCACUGGAGGCAAAGCCCCCCGUAAGCAGCUGGCCACAAAGGCUGCUCGCAAGAGCGCCCCGUCCACUGGCGGCGUCAAGAAGCCCCAUCGCUACAGGCCCGGUACCGUGGCUCUGCGUGAGAUCCGUCGUUAUCAGAAGUCCACCGAGCUGCUGAUCCGCAAGCUGCCCUUCCAGCGCCUGGUGAGAGAAAUCGCCCAGGACUUCAAGACCGAUCUGCGUUUCCAGAGCGCCGCCAUCGGGGCUCUGCAGGAGGCCAGUGAGGCCUACCUGGUGGGUCUGUUUGAGGACACCAACUUGUGCGCCAUCCACGCCAAGCGCGUCACCAUCAUGCCCAAAGACAUCCAGCUGGCCCGUCGUAUCCGCGGCGAGCGCGCUUAAACGCUCCCUCCUCCUGUUUCUCCUUUUCACCUCUUCCUCCCUAUCCUUCACCAGUCUGUCUCUCCGUCCCACUGCCUCUUACCUCCCCCCUCCCCCACCCCCACCCUGUGGUAGUAGUGUGUAGAGGAAAACUGAUUAUAUUAUGAAUAAAGUGUAUAGUUGUGUCUUUCUUAGUGCUCUCUGUAGCAGACUCCUAGGGUACUCUCUUUUUGUGCAUGUGCCGACUCUUUGGUGACGAGAUCUCCUCAAGCACACGUCUCCCGGUUUGCUCCGUCUGAUCCGACUCUGUGGGGGAGAGGACGACGUCUGGAGAGGAGAAGGGAAAAAACAUGGACCGGAACCAUGCAAAUGUGGGAGGGACAGCCGGGAGGAGAGGAUGGGUAUGUGUCUGCUGGGGGACUUUUGUCUCUCUUUUUCUGCAGCAGGGUGCUAGAAGAACUUCCCGAGGUCCUCUCCUCCUGCUCGCCGCCAGCCGCGUCUCAGAAGCGACGGCGUUGGUCUCGUUUCUGGGCGGCGUCUUCGUCUGCGUGAGCGUUGGUUCUGAUCACCACAGCAUGUUGUACACGAUGCAUCGGCAUCUUUCGAGUUCUGAUUCACGAUAUCGAUCAUUGCCGUCAUGUUUUUCUUUUUCUUUUCCUUCACUUCAAACUAUGUGUAGAUGAUGUGGAGACGGGGGGAUGAAUCAGAUUAAAACACCCCAUUUGAACCGAUUCCUUUCCUACUGACUAAAAGCUACUGACUUGUUCUGGCACCACAGUUCGAUCCUCUUGUAGAUGCUCUUUUCCUAACCGACUGAAGAGUUUAACUUCAUCUGUUCUUUUUUGUGGGGUUCAAAUUGUUUAUGUCGAAUUAUUUAAAGCCUAAUCUCGAGAGCUCGGGUAUAGUGUCAGAUACUUUUGUAGCACUGGCUCAUUUUUAAAAAUAAUUAACCUUUUUCUAACAAAGGUUCAUCUAGGUAUUUUUUUAUGUUCUUCAAAACCAAAAGCUCUCUAAAGUGUGACAAUUACUAUUAUUUUUUUAAACAAACUGAUUAAAAUGUGAACAUGUAAUGUAAAUCAGUGUCGCAUGGCAAAUAAUACUGGUGUUUUCUGUAUACGUCCCCCCCUUUGCUUCUAUUGUUUUCCUCCGGAAUCAGUCGAUCGUCUGUAUACCGUUUCUCAGGUCGUCCUGUCACCCUUUUAAUUUAAUUUUUUUUCUUUUGCUCAAUUUGAUUUUCUUUUUUGAAAUGUUGAGGAUGAUGUUUCAAUUAAACAAUGUUUGUAAUUUCCAGAUUUGUCAUAUAAGGUGGUAAUAAAUGGAUGUUACACACA